GAAAUUCAGUUUCGUGCCGGACAUCGAACGCUUCACACACUCGACGGAAAUUGGCACAGCCAUUGUAAGAUUAUAAGAGCAUGGAUCAUAAGGGCACCGCUCCACCGGCAUACGACCAAGGUUAUAUCCAAGCAGCUCCCCAGCAGAUGGUUGUCCAACCUGCGAUGCAAGCCCCCAACGUGCUGGGCGAUAUUCCGGCUUUGGCCACAUGUCCGAGCUGUGGCGUCCGAAGGCAGACGGCUCUCACCUUUGAGGCCAACACCAAGACUCAUCUUCUGGCGCUCGGCAUUUGCCUGUUGGGGGGCAUAUGCUGCUUCUGCAUUCCCUACUGCAACAAAUCGUGCCAGACGGCCAAGCACAAUUGCAGCAGCUGCGGUGCCUACUUGGGGUCCUACAACAACUAGAUUCGAGAGGACCUUUUUGAUUUUGUUUCACUUUCAAUAUAUUCCCACACAAUGUUGCGACAUAUGUACAUACAUAUACAUAUGUACUUGCACUUACAAACAUAUAUUUCUACACAUGCAUAUGUACUAUAUUAAUUAUGAAUAAAAUCACCAAUUAGCAUUCCCAUUCAAGCCUUAUCAGCGGGGCUUUGCGAUACUUCCAAGUAUCGUGGGACUUGAACGGAAACUCAAAAGAUUAAAAUGACGCAGAGCAGAGCUGGCUCCAGCCUCAGUACCGAAUCGAUGUUUGCUCGGAGAAGACCUGCAGGCAAAAUGCGCUCGCAAGAAGUCUAUAGAAGUCUCACACAGCCGCCGGAUGCUCCGGGUCCGCCGCCAGAGCCUGCGCCGGAAGAGAGUGCUGACGACAGCUGCCCCCACUGCGAUGCAGCCCCAAUGGUCGGCCAGGGGCAUUCGAGGCUAAGUUGGUGGCACAAACUACGUGCGACUCUAUCGCGGCCCCUCUGUUGCUUUCGCCUCCGAUACAAAACGGUCUAUAAGUGCAGGUCGUGCGGGUGGCGGGGUUCGUCACCCAGGUCCCCGAAAAGAUGCAGCUAUGAAUGCAAACCGACUAUAGGGAUCGAAUCGCAAAUAUGAGAUUAUAUUGCUGAAAGAUGGCUAUUAUUUCACGAGUUCCUAUCAUCACACUCGCACAACUACGUCAAUAUAAUCACCGAUUAUACUCGGAUUAUUGUUAGAAUGAUAAGUUUCAUCAAGUUAUGGCUGUAGGACCAGUCCCAUUCAGGAUCUUAACAGAAAAACCAAAUAUAUAAAGUAUUAUUUGCCAAA